AUGAGGAGGUCGGAGGCGAAGAAGAGAGUGAAGAGAGUGAAGAGAGUGAAGAGAGUGAAGAGAGUGAAGGAAGAGAGUGAAGAGAGUGAAGAGAGUGAAGAGAGUGAAGAGAGUGAAGAGAGUGAAGAGAGUGAAGAGAGUGAAGAGAGUGAAGAGAGUGAAGAGAGUGAAGAGAGUGAAGAGAGUGAAGAGAGUGAAGAGAGUGAAGAGAGUGAAGAGAGUGAAGAGAGUGAAGAGAGUGAAGAGAGUGAAGAGAGUGAAGAGAGUGAAGAGAGUGAAGAGAGUGAAGAGAGUGAAGAGAGUGAAGAGAGUGAAGAGAGUGAAGAGAGUGAAGAGAGUGAAGAGAGUGAAGAGAGUGAAGAGAGUGAAGAGAGUGAAGAGAGUGAAGAGAGUGAAGAGAGUGAAGAGAGUGAAGAGAGAAGAGAGUGA